CUCCGCUCGAGGCACAACAAUCAUCCCCGCCCCGCUGCCGACGCGACUUUCCCGCAUCAUUGGACGCCAUCCCUCUUACCUCCUACACCUCAACUGCGGCGCGUCCCCGCGACUCACGACGCGCUUCGGCGCAUUCGACUACUCCUGGAGACACCGCGACAAUGCCCGGCACACGUAGUCGCACGAGCGGCGCGACCGCAGUCACCGAAGAACCCGAGCAGCAAGAGGCUACUUCGGGUCUCCGUUUCAACAAGAGCCUGGCCUCGCGCCCUGGGAAGCCAAUACCCGUCGCCGAUUUGUUGCGCAGACUCCAGGACUUGUCGCGCGAGCUGCGCGACCUUGAUCAGGAGGAUGCGGAAAGGUCAUCCCUGAUGCCCGUUGCGAAAGAACUUGCGGCGCAAAACCUACUGUCGCACAAGGAUCGCGGUGUAAGAGCAUGGACGGCAUGUUGCAUUGUAGACAUGUUCAGGCUGUGCGCCCCAGAUGCACCGUAUACAGCGGCUCAGCUGAAGGAUAUCUUCAUGCUGUUCAUACAUACCAUCUUUCCAUCUCUUGCCGAUCCGUCGAGCCCUUACAAUGGCCAACACAUUUAUGUCUUGAAGUCAUUGGCAGAGGUCAAGAGCAUCGUCCUCCUUACGGAUAUCCCCGCGGCCAAUAGUCUCAUGCUAGCACUGUUCACGGUGUGCUUCGACGUGCUGUCGGGGCCGUCCAAGGCCGAGUCCGGCGAAGAGCUCAGCAAGAACGUUGAACAUCAUAUGACUGCCGUUCUGGCGACACUAGUAGACGAGGCGCAAGGAAUGCCUGGAGAGGUCGUAGAUGUUACACUGGCACAGUUCCUCCGCGCCGAUCCGCGCGCUGUCACGGCCAAUGGAACCAAGCCCAAGAAAGGAGCGCAAGUCGAUGAAAGGCAAUCCACUCUUCUCCUAAAGGAGGCGCCUCCGGCAUACAAUAUGGCAAAGAAUAUCUGCAAUUCUUGCUCUGAUAAGAUGGCGAGAUACAUAAGUCAAUAUUUCAGCUCGGUCAUCGUGGACGCUACCACCGCGGCGCCUACACACAGAUCGACCAAGAAAGGUUCCAAGCGCGCCAGCAGCCCUCCCGACGAGUCAGAAGAUGACGCUCCUCGCGGUCCCUCGGAAGAAGAUCUGCAAGAGAGUAGAAAAGCGCAUAGGUUACUCCGCGAGCUAUGGCGAUCAACGCCUUCUGUCCUGCAGGAUAUUGUCCCGCAACUCGAAAUUGAGCUAAGCGCAGAGGAUGUUCAACUAAGGACGCUCGCAACAGAGACACUUGGUGAUAUGAUCGCUGGUAUUGGAGCCGCGGGACCGCCGCCAGCUCCGGUGUACAAUGCCGCAGCAUAUCCGUCUCAGAGCCUGUCAUCUCCUUCCGACCGUAUUCCGGUGUACAACUUUCUGACCACACCGACCUCUCCCCACUCAUUCCCAUCCCGCUACCACCAAGUUUACCAAGGUUUCCUCAACCGCCGCAACGACAAGUCUCCGCUGAUUCGCUCUGCAUGGGUCACGAGUGUUGGCAGGGUACUCAUGACCAGCGCUGGUGGCGUGGGUUUGGAUCCCGAAGAAGAACAAAAGCUACUCAAGUAUCUAGGCGAUAUGCUCGUGGACGGCGAUGAGCGGGUUCGCUUGGCCGCGAUUAAAGCCAUCGAACGAUUCGAGUUUCACGACAUAGUCCAGAAGAUCGGUAGCAGAGGUGGAAUUUCCGAAGCAGGAUCCAUACUAAGUAACCUAGCCGACCGUGUCAGGGACCGCAAGAGUGCCGUACGUGUCGAAGCCAUGAAGUUGUUGGGCAAGGUCUGGGGCGUUGCUUCUGGGUCCAUAACUGAGGGCAGCGAGCGUGUUGGCGAGCUCCUUAGCCCGAUACCAUCGCGAAUCCUUGAUGCCUACUAUCUUAACGACCAGGAGGUUAACGUACUCGUCGAUCACGUUCUUUUCGAACUUCUCUUACCGCUCAACUACCCCGCAAUCAAGACGAAAUCGAAAGAAAGCUCCCAGCGGAUCAGAGACAGCCAAGCAAACAACAACGUCGAGCACACGGAAGCAGAUGCUGACAAAAUAAGGGUCGAAAGGAUUCUUGCCUUGGUUAGAAAUCUGGUGCCAAGAUCAAAGACGGUGCUGUUCGUGAAGCAAGUCAACUCCGUCACGCUGGCGAAAUAUAUGGAUGCUCUCCUCAAACGGUGCGAGGACUAUAACGGCGGCGUUAUGGACAAGGGAGAGAAGGAGACAAAACUCCAACUUGGCAAGCUCAUCGAGUACCACGCAAAGACGUUACCUGAAUCAUCAAAAGCAUCCGAGGAUCUUUGGAAAUUCGCGAAGAUGCACGAUCGUCGGAGCUACCAGCUUAUCAGGUUCGCCAUGGCCCCCGAUAGCGACUACCGCAAGGUCUACAAAGCCAUCAAGGAGUUCUCGAAGCGCAUAGAAGAAGCCCCAGGGUCAACAAGUACCAUGCUCGAAACACUCAUUCCUCUGGUGUACAGGGUCAGCGUGCUGCUUUACAACAAAAGCCACGUGCCAGCAAUCAUCGAGUCCUCACGGACCGAUGAAAAAGGUCUGGGGAACACCGCGCACGAGGUUAUCAAGGAGAUAUCAUCUCGUAAUCCGGAUGUUUUCAGAGGCUACGUGCAGGAACUGUGCCGGGCUUUGGAAAGCGAAGCACCAACUGCAAAGAAACCGAAUGGCCCGGGUGCUGUAGAUGACCUCAAAGCAUGCUCCGGGUUUGCGAAGAAGUUUCCCAAGGAUAUCCCGACGGAGCGCAAAUUUGUCCAAAGCAUGAUCAGUUUUGCUCAGUACGGCACGCCACCAAGGGCAGCCAAGUACGGGGUUUCGAUCCUUAUGGCUAACACGGACAAAAAGGAAAUGCACGCCCGCGAUCUUCUGCGACAAUGCACAAAGGGAUUUGACUAUGGCAAAGGAAACUAUCUUUCAAGGCUUGCAACUCUGAGCCAGCUCAUGCUACUUGGAUCGAAGGCUAUUGAGGAUGAAAUCGAUCUUGUCAUUGACAUUGCCAUUAAUAAUGUCUUACUCAAAAUUACGCCAACGGACGAGGAAGCAAACCCUACUUGGACGGAUGAACCGGACAGUGAUUGCACUGCCAAGAUGUGGGCCCUUAAAAUACUUGUCAACCGGCUCCGAGGCUUAGGCGAUGAGGAGUCGGUAAAGGAAGUCUCGCAGCCCGUGUACAAGCUUUUGAAUACUCUGGUGGCGAAGCAGGGCGAGCUUUCUAAAAAGAGUGAGUCUCCUAAGGCACAGAAGGCACGUCUACGCCUGCUUUCUGCGGAGCUUCUUCUCAAGCUCUGCCGCGAGCGUCGCUUCGACGCCCUGUUGACCGCUAAGGACUUCAAUGAGCUCGCUAUCGUAGCCCAAGACCCCAAUCCGCAUGUCCGUGAGGGCUUUGUCAAGAAGCUCAUGAAAUACCUUGGCCAAGACAAACUGCCACGCCGGUUCUACACUAUCCUUUUCCUCCUUGCUUUCGAGCCCGACUCACGUCUCCAAGAAAGCACCGUCACUUGGAUUCGAGCUCGCUGCUCUGCAUUCACCAAGGCGCAGGACUUUGUUUUUGAAAACUGCUUUGCUCGCUUCCUUUCUCUGCUGGCCCAUCACCCGGACUUUGAUCAAAGCGUGAACAACCUACGGGACUUCGUGCAAUACAUUAUGUUCUACCUCAAGAGCGUGGCAAACGAGAACAACGUGGCUCUCAUCUACCAUGUCGCUCAACGGGUUAAAGCUGUAGAGGACGCAAUCGAGUCUGAGGCCAGCGAGAAUUUGUACGUCCUGUCGGACCUAGCCCAGGCGGUGAUUCAGCGUUUCAGAGAAUCGCACAGCUGGAGCAUGCAAGCGUUCUCGAAAAAGGCACGCAUGCCCGCAGAUAUCUUUGCGAAUUUGCCUUCUCACGAGGUUGCACAAGAGAUUGCGGAAAAGCAAUACGUGCCAGAGGAGCUCGUGGAGGAGCUGGAUGAUCUGGUGAGGGCAAGCUUGAGAACGAAGAAGCGCAAGACGGAUGCAAGCAGUGGUGAGCGUGCCUACAAGCGUUCCAGGCUCUCUGGGUCCACAAAGCUACCCGUACGCAGGGCUAGCAAAGGAGUCCGUACGCCUAAACCCAAGAAAGUCCGUAAGAUUGCGGAUGAUGUACCCUCGAGCGAGAGACGACGCAGUGGUCGCCACACUGCCGCCAAAAGCUAUGUGGAGCAGAGUGACACUGAGGACGAUGUCGAGAUGGAAAACUGGGACCACGAGACCGAGAAGAAGGAUGAAGAGGAUCAGGACCAGAGCGAAGAGCAACAAAGCAGCGAGGUCGAAGAAGAACAACCCGUAGCACCGACGCCUCCUAGCAACAAAAAGCCAAAGGAGAAGAAGGCCGCAACCAGGGCCAGUGGAAGAACGACCAGGACUCGGGCGCAGACAAAGGCUCCGGAGGAGAGCGACAACAACGCGACAGACCCAGACGAGUGAUAGUUCCCCUCUCCACCAUCCUACUCUUGUAAAAGUUCUAUUCUUGCUAGCCAGAGAGCUUCAUUAUUUCAACGCCGCUUCGACUCUCAGCCGACACUCCUUUUCUGCGAGCCUGCGAAUCUGCGUAAGGGGGCAUGGCGUUUUUUCGGUGAGGUGUGUGCGCGCGUAUGUGUGGAGGGGCUUGUAUUAUCAGCGAACGUGUGCAGGGAUUCUUCUUCUGCGGCAACGAUCCUUACAUACCCGCGGUUUUUUGCAGUAGUGCGGAGUGCUAGGGUUUACCUUUUCUUUCGUCGCUGGUGUUGCUAUUGCUUUUUGUCUGAUCUGCUUGCUGGGAGAUCUUCGUGUUAUAUAGUACGGUUGAAGUAGAUACACGAGGCUUUAUGAUCGGGCUCCAGCGGUUUUGUUUGUGAGACUUGCGCUUUGU